AUGAAGGAAUCAUCAGACGAUGACAGCAGCAAUGAAGAAGUUGUUCCUAUUCCAGUACAAAUUUUUCUCUGGAGACAAACAACACCAUUUGUCCGACCGAGACUUGGAAAAGUUCACGAUGCAUCGUGUAUGUUCUGCCAACGAGCCCCGGGCCAUCACGAGCUAAAAGAAGCUUGUAAGUCAUUUGAAAAAGUACUGGUGCAAAAUCUACGCUUUGGGCUCUCUAUCAGUCUUACUGAUGCAAUAGAGUCAAUCCCGAGAUGGCGUCUUAUACAGGCAGCACUACCUCAUGUGAUGCAUUCUCUAGCUGCUUUGUUGAACAACAGAAUAAAAGACAACAUGCAAUCACUGGGAAAUGUAGAGACGAAACUUCUUUACACUUUACACUGGAUCCUCCUUGAUGCUUCGGAUGAGUGUGCGGAUAAUGAUUAUGAGAAUGACAAAUUCUGCUCCAAUCCAUUUUAUUAUUUGUUCUCAAUACCUACUAUGACUCUCUUUGUAUUCCUCUUUGCGCCAAUAUCACAUCAUUUAAAAGAAUCUGAUUUCACAAACAAUUAUCGGUUGGAAAAUGGUUUGAAGAUGUGGCAAGCAUUGUGGGAAUUCCGGCAUCCUGAUGCAGCAUGUUUUACUACUUUGGUAAAGCCUAAGCCGAGGCCUCUUGGAGGAAAAUUUUCUAAGAGGUCUCAACAUGGAGACGUUUUCUUAGGCCGUAAAUUUUCUAAAGAAGAAGGCCCAGUUAAUGGAAGUCCACCAAGUCAAAAUGUGUCAGUGUCUCAGUCUGACAUACCUUCAAAACAAGCCAGCACAGAGGAAGAGCCGUGGCUGUCUUCACCUAAAGAUACAAUAUUUCCGGAAACAAUUCCAGAAGAGAGCUCUAGUACUGAAGAAGAACAAGUUUUUAUAUAUCGUCUACCCUCAGAACAAAAUUACAGUGGGCCUUAUAAGGAAGUCUAUACAGUUUAUGCAGCAGACCCCAGUUUAUUUCAAGUUAAAAAACCUGACAACAUUAAACCAAACUUACCUGGAAUAAAACCAUUGCCCCAAAUUACAAAAAUGAGUUCAUCAGACAAAGAGUCGCUAUCGGAUAGCGUAGGAGGUUGUCAAGGCAUUAAGGAGACACUCACUUCCACUGAGAAAACACCUACGGGAAAACAAGACCAUGUAUCAGCUGCAACUUUUCUAGAUGUGGCCACUUUGAGAUGUCUCUUUACUUCCCAAUGGCAAGAGGAGGGUGUAUAUUGGGCUUUAUAUUAUCUUUACAACAGAUUACGUGACAUCUGUGACGAUAUGUCUAAGCAGAGUCACCCAAGAAAAAGGAGCAAUUCUUUACCCAUUCCGAAAAUAGAAGUAUCAAUCUACCAGAGUCCAGAUAUAAAGGAACACGAUUCGUUAAAAAAUUUCAUGGAAGUCCCCGACUCUAAAGACAUAUCCCCUGUGACAGAAAUAUCGUUAUCAUCAGUAACAAAAAUCGACGAAGAAAGCUUAAUGACUAGAAGAGCAAGCGAAAAAGUGAAACGGAAAAUGAAAAUGGCAGACUUAAAAGCUUUUGUCGAAACUAAACUUCUUUCCAAAUCCGAGAAAGCUUUAGAAAAAAUCGGCCAUGACGACCAAAAAUUUAGUUUCCAUACAGCAGUAAGAAUGAUAUCUGAAUAUCAUAGAAGUCUAGACAACACUGACGACCGCCCCAAUUCAGCUUUAGCUAGUCAUUUUCCAGCUAUAACGCCGCGACUCACAGGAGAUUUACUUCCAUGUAAUCUCAUUAAAGGGAAAAGUAUGCCAAGUCUAAGCUGUUUGAUUGACGAGCUAGCGUCGAGUGGAUAUAUCGGCGAAGUAAAGACCGAGCGCGCUUAUGGUCAGACAACCACAACGCAACCGAACGUACAUAAGAAAAAGAACCCAAUCAUAACCGUCACUGAACACACGCCUACUCCAUCUCCUGAUUAUCUUUCUAAAACAAGACAAGGUUCAAUGGAGUCGCAACUAGACUCUGUAAGUAUGCAAGGCUCACAGCACAUUCCGACUCCAGAACGCAAGCCCAGCUUAACGCGUUCACAGACUGAUUCUAACAUUACCUAUAUCGUAGAAGAGAUUCAGGAAGCGCCCGGUUCUAAAUAUUACAUCACUAAAGAUGGGGAUAUUGAUUUUCAAAUUGUUUUAAAGGCAGUAUACUCCGUAUCUACUAUGGAUACUUUAUAUAUAACAAUCAGAGUAAUGGAAGUCAUGUUGAACCUGGUUGACACGCUAAUGGAAAUCGGAAUUCACAAGAAUUGGCAGACAGACAGUACGAAAGAUAUUCAACCAGAAACAGUUGAUCCCUUAGCUGAUUUCAAUAAAGACAAAGACAGCAAAGAAAGAGAUUCCGGUAUACCGUGCGCCCAAAGCCAAGAAUCAACUAAUGUUGAAGGAGGGGAGAGUAAAGAUGGCUCAAAAGACGAAGAAAACUUAGAUUGUCCAUAUUAUAUGAUAAUGCAUAUUAUUCUUAGGGUGCUCAGACAACUAGGUUGUUCUCACGGAUGCACAUCGGCAUUUCGAGGCCCCCAAGCCGAAUGCCUUAGGGUACAAGCUCGGAACUCACUCCGCCAACUGAGAUCUGCAUCUGUUACAAAAUUCAAUCUACGCAUUAAAGAAAUGACAAAAUUUGCACCGAUCAGAGAGGUGCUUGAUAAUCUCCACGCAACAAUAGGCUUUUGUGCGGAACCUUCCAACAUGGUAUCGCCUAUGAAUCAGCAAAAGCGCAGCCACGCAAAAUCCCCUGAUAUAAGCCACUUGCAGGCCGGCUAUGCAACUAAUUUUGGUGUUGGACAAGGGACAAAUACAAACAGAGCGAUCGAAAAUUUCAUCAUUGAAGCCACGUUCAGAGUGCUAGUUACUAGGUUUACAUUAAUGCAUAAGGAGCUGAAACUACUGGACAAUUCUGCUCUUUAUAUGGAAGUCCGCGUCCUACUAAGCUAUGUAAAAGAAGCUCAUGGUAGUGAAUUCCGCCUGGUAGCCUUAAGUGCAUUAUUAGAUACAGCUGAGAGACCAGAUAGUCAACAAAAAGAUGCUAAUAUGCAGACAACAAGAGUUAUAAGGCAUAUCCCAAGAACGCAAGAAGACGAACGCGGCUCGGACACGGGGGCUGACUCGGGCUGCGCAGCCGACGACCGCAGUCACAAGAAAUUCACAUUCAAGAAGAGAAGCACCUCUUCUACCGGAGCACAUAGCCUCCUGGAAACGGAGGCGGGCGAGGAGUCGGCGAGCCAGUCGCCACUGUCGGUGCGCACGCGGCGGUACCAGCUGACGCCGCGCCAGUCCGAGCGCACCAUCCCGUCCGCCGCCGACCUCACGCCGCACCACGCCGCGCCGCACAAGGCCGCGCACUCUAGGUUCCACAUCAGCGGCAUAGUGAAGUGGUUCCGCGCGCGGCCGCAGCCGGCUCCGCUGGCGCGCAACGGCGGCGGCUCGGGCGAGUCGCUGCCGCAGUUCGGCAGCGUGGUGUCGCUGGCGCGGCCGCAGCUCGCCGCGCGCCCCGUGCACGUCAAGCGCCGCGUCGGACACACGCUGCACAGGGCAAGAAAACGAGUUGAAGACAGAUUAAAUAGAUUUGGUCUUCGAAAAAUGGGAAAGAAAAGAGAUGGAAGCAUUGAAGAAACUUCUGGUGGAUUGAUGUCGCGGCGCGGGUCGGGCGAGGGCGCGCCGGGCGGCGGCGAGUCGGAGGUGGUGGUGCUGAAGCGGCGGCGCCUGGUGUGCGCGGCGCCGCUGCACGCCGGCCUGGCGCGCCUCGCCUUCCUGCUCGACGCCACGCAGCCCGGCGCCACGCCCGACGCGCUCUUCAUGGCCGCGCUGCUCGACCUCCCUUAUACCGUGGUCGUGGCACGUGCUGCUGUCCUACUAGAGUGCGCUCAUCUAGUGCACAAUUGUAACAAGGGUCAGUGGCCCAAUUGGCUGAAAUCUAAUGUCGUCAAAAAUUCUCUGUCAGCAAGUCCACAGCUGAGAAGACGUCUCGCGGGGAAGCUUUUUUACCAAUGGGCCGAAGCUAUUGGAAAUAGAUUAGAGGAAAUGCUGGAAGAGGAUAAAAAACAUCUGGAUAAUGUCGUUUCUCUGGUAACAGACCCAGAUGGCCAACGAGAACUAUUGCAACAAGAUGAAGAGGAGGAUUUCCUUGACGAAGCAAGCAUCCGCAUUCCUGGCAAGACAAUCGGUGCCGAAUGUCCCCGAGCCUUAAGACUCGUCGCUUGCACACUGCUGUUCGAAAUUACAGCUUUUCUUCGCGAAACUUACCAAAAUCUACCCAAAUCGAGUCGAUGCUCGUUGAAGGAACGUGGCCCUUGGGACAGGGUGUACAGGGAAGCAAAUCGCCGAUGGAGCAUGGCACUGUCAAGUAUGGGGCACUCACAAGCGUCGGCGCAGAGCCUGCAAUCUAUUGCCGGAGCGGAAACUGAAAGGAAAAUUUCUUUCGUCCUGCACGAGCCUGAAAACGUCUCCGGGGAAAGCAAUGUUACCUUAGCGGACGCGAUACCGAGUGCAAUGGUGGAUGAGAAGAAAGGCCGCCUGGGAUCCCGCGGAAAGGGAAUGCACCGGCGCAAUACGCAACAGACGCACUCAGCGUACGGCUCCUUUAAACGGCGCUCCAUCAAACUGCGACAGAAAGAUACGCGCGAAGUAGAAGAGUUCAUAACACGUAGAUCGGAUUCAAUACAAAGUCGUAGAAAGGUUUCUUCGCUCUCCGAUAGAAGCGACACAUCUGAAAUAUUUCCUGGUACAGGUACCGGCGGCGAGGAGAGCCCCGGCGUGCUGUCGGAUGAGCACGACCACCCGCCCGACAGCCCCGACAGCAACUCCACUGACCCCCCGGACAGCAGCAAGGGAUUCCCUUGGCUCAAGGUUAUGGUAAAAUUUUUAAAUUCCUUCAACUACGUGUGCUGCCAUCAGAACUUUUGCCAUCCCUAUUGCUUCCGUCGAAAUAUGCGAGCUACCGUUCGACUCAUGAAAUCCGUACAAAAGAUUUACGGAGAAAAGUUCGGUCCGGAAAUAAACACGCAGAGUUCUGAAGAGGGGUUGGGAGGAACGAGAAGGGGAAGACGAACACGCAAGCCCUCCGAGCAUACCAGCGAUAGGAUCGAUCGGUCCAUGAUCGAGUCGGCAGGAUUAGCCUAUCGUGCGGCUGGCGUGGAGCACUCGCUGCCACACAGUGAGGCUCCACCCGACACGAAGCCGGGCACUAUACCCUACCCACCCACCGAACCUCCCGCUAUACUCAAGUACCUUAAAGGACAAGUUCGUGAUGCAUAUCACAUGCCACUGGCAACACUGAUCAAAGGCGCCACAACGAUGAGCGAGGAUAUGUUCGCUGAGGUAGCACCGGUGGCGUGGAAGUUGCUGUUGGAGGCGGAUCGCGAGCUGAGUGCGUGCGCAGCCGCCACGUUCAUCCUGGCGGCCGUGCGGGCGCCGCACGCCGCCUCGCACAUGAUGCACUCCGACCUCAAGCACGCGGACCCGGCGGUUAGAAUCAAUGCGAUUUUGCGUUUCCAAGUAAUGUGGAAAUUGCGCUAUCAAGUUUGGCCGCGUAUGGAGGAAGGUGCAUCUGUGACGUUCAAAGUACCUCCCCCGGGCAUUGAAUUCACUCUUCCUUCGCCAAAGAUCGGUAUCGAAUCAUUGGCCGUCGUGGACCCGCCUUGGAGCCCACAGGUCAAGGAUAAAGAUAUGGAAAUGACGCUCAAUCAGGAGCGGCACCGUUCAUUAGUGACUGCCACAAAGACCCGCAAGAAACAACAAACAGAGGCCAUUAAACGAGCACUGCAGCAGCGCAACGACAAGAAGAAAGCGGAACGAGAGAGCUUCCUCAUUACCACUAUACCCAUAACGAGGCAGGCGGCUCGUGAACCAGCACUAGAUCAUGCAGCCGAUGAUCAUAUUGAACCGUCCGCGGACGAGGAGCCGGCGGAGGGCGUGCGCGCGCACCACGCGCAGGUGGCUGCGGCGCUGUUCCCGUCGGCGCUGUGCUCCGCCGUCGCCGAGAUCGUGGCGCUGCUGGACGACGCCGCUGUCUCCCGCGACGGCUGCUCCGUCUACGAACUUGCCUAUCAGUGCAUUUGGGGAUGCCUCGUAGAAGACUCGGCAUUGUUCCUUCGCCACGUGCUAGAACGCCUCACUCGAGAUCAUCAGGACGAAAUGUUUAAGUUGCUGCGUCACCUCAUACGCUUCAUUCCUCGCUUGCCGCAACAAGCAGCAUUUGCUCUAUACAACUAUAUCAUUGGCUACGUCAUGUUCUACGUGCGAACACCUCACGAAGACGGACAGAGGCUAAUUGGAGCAGCUUUAUCUAUAUUAUGGAUGGUGGUUCAUAGCGUACAUGGAAUUAUGUUCAAAGAUCUUAAACAGAUACUACGUAAAGAACAAUGUGAUGCAUCAAUUUUACUCACAGCUAAUGUGCCCGCUGCAAAGAAAAUUAUCGUGCAUGGACCAUCUGAUAACGAAGGCAGCAUACCGUCACAAUUCCCAGUCCAAGAAGACACGCAGUUUUGCCAGAUUUUAAGAGAAUCACUUGAUUUCUUUAGUAUUCCAGAGCGUUUGCACGAUGAGUACUUCUUAGUUGACUUCAAAACUCGUCAAAUCCACAAUCCUCAAAGCUACGUACGAGACCAUUAUUUCUUUAAACGUUCCCAGUACCCGCAAUUAGGACUGGUUCACAUGGAACCCGAAGAAGCUUUUCAUAAAUUACAACAACAGGAAUUGCUGCAGAAAUUUGUGGAGAUCGGCAAAGUACUACUUACUUGGGCAAUACUUAAAAAUGUGGACAUGGUGGUUCAAAGAGUUGUAUUUCUACACGACGAGCUAAUGAAACUGCCAUCGUUCCCUCGCAAGGCUUUGGAAGCUGACCUGGAUUUAUACAGUCGAGGAGAACUGGGCCCCACGCUCCUUGGACUUGACGUAUUACAUAAAUUCAUGUGGGUUCGCCUUAUAGCUCGAAUGUUCGAGGCCAUGGCAGGUAACUUCACGUCUUCAAGAGACAUUCACUUGUUCCUCAACGUUCUCAAUGGCGCGUUGAUGCUCCACAGUGAGGACUCGCUGAUACUCCGAUAUGUGAUCGCUACCUAUGUUAACGCCGCGUUCAAUUUUAAAAGCAUAUUUUCUACUAAUGGAUACCUCUUAAUUAUGCCAACGUUACUACAAAUAUAUUCAAACUUCCAAACAAAUAAGCUGGUUACAACCACAAUAGAAUACGCAGUUAAACAAUUCUACCUUUUAAAUAGGAAACCGUUUAUUUUACAAAUGUUUGGCUCAGUGUCUGCUAUUCUAGAUACAGACGAAGAAGCGGUGUACGGCGAUGCGAGCAAAGUCCAAUCCAGUUGCCUCUUCAACUUGCUACUAAGCCUGGAAACUCCAUCCCCCGACCCACUGCACAUAGCUGAGCUAAUUAAGGAAGAGAAGCCGCUGAAGCCGAUUGACUUUUGCUACCGUGACGAGGACGAAAUGGUCGACGUGUUGGAUUGCAUCAGCCUAUGUGUAAUGGUGGUGUCAUACUCAGCUGAGAGCAUGCGCGGUUAUCAGAUGCUUAUAAUAUUGGAGGCCAUACUUCCAUGUUACGUGAAACAAAUACAGCUACCUACUUACAACAAAGAAGGUAAAACUGAAAAGGAGAUCAUACAGCAGUUGGCCAUAGCGAUAAAAACACUUGUUAAUAACUGCGAGGGUUUGUCGAAAUCGUACAACGGGCCGUACCGCACGUCGCCGGAGCACAAGGGGUCGUCGCAGCGCGGCUGCGCGCGGUCAGGCGGCGCCAGCGCGUUCGUGCCACUCGAGCUGCUCGAGGACGAGUCGCACUCGCGCUACGUCAGCGACCACGCGCGCCCGCCGCCCGCCGCCGACGCAGAGGACUCCGAGCUGGUGCGCGCGGAGUACCGGCGGCCGCGCGACGUGCUGCUGUCGCUGGUGGGCGAGUUCAUCGGACGCGCCAGCGCGCGCCUGCUCGAGAUCAACGGCUCCAAGGGCAGCGGCAGCGGCGCCAGCGGCGGCAGCGAGGGCAAGCCCGUCGACCUGCUCGACUCCAAGUCGCACGCCCGUCUUGCAGAAAUAGCACACUCCUUGCUUAAAGUAUCUCCAUACGACCCCGAGUCGAUGGGCUGCCGUGGUCUACAGCGUUAUAUGACACUGGUAUUGCCCGCUGGAGAAUGGGCGGAAAUGGAUUUACGACCUUCACUUAUAAUGAUACUGCGGCGUCUCGAUAAAGUAUUCUUGAAAAUCGCGAAGAAGCCUAGUAUACGGAGAAAUACUGACUGGGAUUCAGCAGCAGUGCUCCUAAAAGGCGUCUACGAAACGAUGAUUAGGUGCCCUUACAUUAUGCACUGGCAGCAAGUGAAGACACUUCUCAAUACUGUACAAGCGUUGAUAGUGUCGGACAACAACUCGGGCGAGAACCUAUCGUCGGCGACGGCGGCGCUGAUGUCGCAGCCGCCGCCGCCGCACUUCUGCAGCACCGUCGUGCGCCUUAUCGCCUUGCAGGUCAUCAACACUGGCGACAGUUACUCAUUAGAACAAAUGUGCGGCGGCACAGCCAUAUUUCCUUCCGCGGAGAAAACUGAGAACAUGCUAAUGAACCUCUUGAUGCCGCUCUGUUUACGAGUUGGCAGUGGGAGGAAAGACGUGCCGCCGCUGCGGCAGUCGGACGUGGCGUACGUGGUGUCGGUGGUGCUGAACGCGCUGUGCCCGCCCGCGCCGCCGGGCCAGCUGGCCGCCGUCAACGCCAAGCUCAACGCGGCCGACGCGCGCGCCAGCUCGCUCACCUUCACCGGCAGCCGCGACAUCCGCAGCACCACGCGCCUCUCCAACCAGCUAUACCGCAUCGCCUUCCUCGCUCUCAAAGUGCUGUGCGCGUGUUUCACAAGCGAGCUGUGCUCGGAGUGGGGUCGAAUCGCGCGAGCCAUGCGCGAGCUGGGCCGGCGCAACGAGGCCGCGCACCACCUGUGGGACUUCCUGGAGCACGUGGUUACGUACCGCACGCCGCUCUACGUGCUGCUGCAGCCCUUCAUUGUGCACAAGCUGUCGCAGCCGGCGAUCGGCGACCACGAGCGGCACAUGCAGUUCGUGGUGCGCGAGCGCGCGCGCGGGCUCAAGCUGCCGGCCGGCCGCGCGCGCGGCGCGCUGCUGGCCGAGCUGGCGCGCGACUUACGCGCGCUCCGCGACUCACACGACCACUACAAGUUCGAGCAAAUGGCGGAGAGCGUGUGCGCGGGUGGGGCGGGUGGGGCGGGCGGCAAGCGGCUGUCGGAGGCGCUGGCACGCGACAAGCAUCAGCAGCAGCACCGGCCCUCGCUCAUCUCCAUGCUGGUGGGGCGCGCCGGCCUGCCGCGCACGCCUGACCACCCCGCCGCGCCGCUCGCCGCGCAGCGAGAAUCGCUUUCGAGCAGCUCCACUACGAGCCAGCAUAUACCCGCCUAUGACUUGCCGAGCAACAACAGUCGCCGUCAGAGCGCCAUCAGCAACAAUAACGCCAGUAGCGUUAAUUCACAAAUAGGCGUAUCGAAUAUCUACUGCAAUGAACAAAAACAGCCGGCUAGCACACCGUCAUCUGCAUACACACAGACUAAACUGCGCUUCGGCUCAUCUGUCGAGUUUAAGCUUACUUCAGGCGAGACUGCAAUGACACCAUUGUCGCCACUAUCGCCAUGCGACGUGUCAUUCGAUGAGGGCGAUGAGCAGCGCCCGCGCUUACAACGUUCGCACGGACCUUCAAAGAAGACAUUCAAGUUCCGACGCAGCCGACAUGCUACCAGACCUGAUGGGUACCAUGCGCGGCUGGAAUCGGACGAGUGUUCGUCCCCGGGCGCAGAGUACACGGGGGGCACGUGGGGCGCAUGGGGCGCGGGGGGAACGGGAAGCGCUGGUGUUGCGGCGGGUGCGGGGGGUGUGGAGUGCAGCCCGCAGCAGCGAGCGCGCGCCCCCCUGUUGCAGCCCCCCGCCACGCCACUUCCCGACACCUCGUACGACAGCGAGAUCUCGCAGACCUCCUCCACCUCCGGAUACAGGGAAAGCUACAGCCUGCAGGCGUCGAUGUCGGAGUCGCCGGGCGGGUCGGUGCGCGCGGCGCUGGCGUCGCCCGAGGCGCCGUCGCAGCGCACCGGCUCGGCCACGCCGCACGCCAGCCCCGACGUAUCUUUAAGUUGCGAAUCCGGGACGUCAUCGGCCGAACGUACAGCAUUGUUGGGCGCUGCCAGUCAGCGCUCACUUUUGUUAAGCAGCGAACUACGGGAUGAAGACACACUGUUAUAA